UGUGAUUUAUUUAUUUAUUAUUUUUAGUUUGCCUGUGUUUUCCGCCACUCCACCCUUUUCCCUGUCUCAUGAACCUUCCCUGUCUUUUGUGUAAGGGGAGGGGCGGAGCAGCGUGUCAUUUAGUUACCGUACAUAUGCACACAGCGUGCUCAAAACGGCGUUCCACACUCAUCUCAGUUAACCGUGGGUAAUUUAGCCCACUGGACAAAUUUAAGAGUAUUUAUUGCAGACUCGCGUCUAAAUCCGACCGGAAGAAAAAUGGAAUUGUAGAGUUUAGAUCUUCAUCGACUGCUUCGAAGAGUGCACUGGAAAGCAAGCCUGGAAAAGAGUGAGUCCGCGGUUUUAUUUGAGGUGCUGUAAUGACACAAGCUGAAAUGAGUGCACUGCAUGUUCUGGGAGGCUUACCUGUUUGUGGAAGGAUGCUGUAUUAAGUUUUAAGCUCAAGCAUUUCCUCAUCAUCAUCAAUACCAGCUUCACACACAGCUUUGUCAUUUGGUGGAGUAGUACACAGAGACGGAACCUUAAAGGAAAGGAGUAAUGUUAUUCCUCUAUUCAAAAACCUCAUCAAUGUCCAUGACGGUCAUUUUGUAAGAGGCAUAAGGAUGGCAAGUGUGGUAUGGAACUCUUUCCCAAUCUGUUUCCUUUUCCUUCUGACCAUCUUUUACAUGGCUACUUCAGUGCACAAGGCUGAGGAUGAUGUCACGCCCCGCCUAAGCUUUGUAUAUGAGACAGAAGACAGGCCAGCCAAGAGGUUUUCACCUGCUGGAGUAUUCAAUUUUACCUCUUUACUUCUGAGCCCAGAAGAUAACAAGCUAUACAUAGGUGCACGAGAAGUUCUGUUUGCAAUUAACCUCAGUGAUAUCAGCAGACUUCAACUGCACCGCAAUUUCACAUGGAGCACACCGGAGAGAAAACGGGAAGAAUGUAGCUUUAAAGGCAAAAAUCUACAUACUGACUGUUUCAAUUAUAUUAAGAUUUUACUACGUGUGAACACCACUCAUCUGUAUGUGUGUGGAACAUAUGCCUUCAGCCCUGUGUGUGCACACAUUAGCACAGCAGACUUCUCCUUGGUGCGCAGCAAUAAGGGGGAGAUUGUGACAGAGGAUGGACGCAGUACCUGCCCUUAUAAUCCUGAAUAUAAAUCCACUGCCAUCAUGGCCGGUGGAGAUUUGUAUGCUGCUACAGUCAGUAAUUUUCAAGGGAAUGAGCCCAUCAUUUACAAAAGCCUUGGUCAGGGCAUGUCCAUAAAGACAGAAAAUUCAUUGAACUGGCUUCAAGACCCGGCUUUUGUAGGCUCUGCAUUCAUACAGGAGAGCCUCCCAAAAGGCAAUGUGGUGGGUGGUGAUGAUAAAAUUUACUUCUUCUUCAGUGAAGCAGGAAAGGAGUUUGAUUUCUUCGACAACACCAUCGUUUCACGUAUUGCUCGUGUGUGUAAGGGUGAUAAAGGAGGAGAGAGGGUCCUGCAGAAGAAAUGGACAACUUUUUUGAAAGCUCAGCUCCUCUGUUCAUUACCCGAAGAUGGCUUUCCUUUUAACAUCAUUCAAGACAUGUUUGUCUUGACACCCAGUAAGGGGGACUGGAAGAGCACUGUGUUCUAUGGAGUUUUUACCUCUCAGUGGUACAAAAGGACAUUGGGAAGCUCAGCUGUGUGCACCUAUACCAUGAGCCAAGUGGAAGAGGUGUUUAAUGGUCGUUAUCAAGAGGUUAACAGAGAAACACAGCAGUGGUACACCUAUAAUCACCCAAUCCCAGAACCUAGACCUGGAGCGUGCAUUACUAAUGCAGUUCGGGCUCAGGGCAUCUUUUCCUCACUGCACAUGCCUGAUAAGGUGCUAAACUUUGUGAAGGAUCACUUCUUAAUGGAUGGUGUAAUUCGCAGCCAGCCACUGCUGGUUAAACACAAUGUCCAAUAUAUGAAAAUCACUGUGCAUCAUGUCCAGGCUGUACACCGGGGCUACAAUGUGCUUUUUUUGGGUACAGAUGAUGGCAGACUUCACAAAGCCAUUAACUGCAAGGGCAAGAUGCACAUCAUUGAGGAGCUAACACUUUUUCUAGGACUGCAGCCUAUACAGCACAUCAAACUAGAUGAUGAAAAGGGUGUGCUGUUUGUGUCCUCUUACUCUGAACUGGUGGAGAUUCCUCUUGCUAACUGCUCAAAUCACCGGAGCUGUGGAGAGUGUAUACUCACCAGAGACCCUUACUGUGGCUGGGCAGGGGGAAAGUGUGUUGAUGUCAGGCAGGCAUCAUCUAAAAGUAAAAUUUUCCAAGAUAUAGAAGAUGCCAACAUAGCCACAUGUGAUGAAGCUAUACCAAGGUCCCACUCUGCACAACUGCCAUCCAUACGUAUUCUUCCUUGUCAAGUAAUCAGAAUCCCAGCAAACACAUUUCAGGUGCUGCCAUGUAAGUUGCGCUCUAACUUGGCUGAAAGACGAUGGAAGUAUAGCAAGGGUGCUGGACGAUUUCUCUAUCCAAGCUCUGAAGGAGGGCUAGUAGUAGUGGCCCAAACAGACAGGGAGGAAUCCUAUGAAUGCUGGUCAGUUGAAAACGGCUUUUGGCAGCUCCUGGCCAAUUAUUGUGUUAAGGCAGAGCCACAACAUGUGAGUACCAUGCUGAUCGGUAGCAUACACACUCCGCUGGUUCCCAAAGAGGAGCCAAUGAUCCUUCCAGGUGAAGCUCGCUCAUCACGGAUAGAGACCAAAACCUACUGGAGUGAGCUGAUUGUAGUAUGCACACUGCUGGUCUUCUGCCUCCUUGUCUUUUCUGUGUUUGUGAUCUACCGGGAUAAGGACCGAAUUAAAUCCAUGUUAAAGCAAAGCGAGUGUCCCAACAUUCAGCAGAGAAAGGUACAAAUGGCUGGAAAGCUCACUGAAAGCCUACCCACGAAUGGCCACAAUGCACCUUCCCCAAUGCCAGACCAAAAGGGCUACCAGACAUUGCAUGAAAACCUCUUCUACAAUACAUCACCACAAGAGUUUUCCAUAUCUGAGAACAGCAAAGGUUUCUCAGAAUCAGAACACCGCCCCUUGCACCGUAAGGACACCCAUGUAGAGAUAUCACCCACCUGCCCAUGUCCUCGAGUACGGCUCGGCUCAGAGAUCAAAGAUUCCCACAUUUGAGACUACAUAUGCAAAUGGCAACUUGAGAGUGAAUGUUGAGGGAAAUGAUGUUGAGGGAAAUGGCAGUGCCACAAAGACUUGAAAACUAUAUUUCUGUUGAAACUUUCAGGCAAUGUUUGUAUUAUUUUCUUUGCACUUUUUCCCCUACUUAUGUCUUUGUGAUGUCCAUAUUCUCUCAGUCACUGGUAGUAUGCAUUUCAUGGGACACAAAUGAGAGAAAAACUAAAUUAUGAUUCUUGAAAAAAACAUUUAAAGCUAAAUAAUCCCAUGAAUAUGGUGUGCUGAUGUAAUGCCAGUGGAACAUUUGUCAUAUGUUGCAUCCGUUGUCUGUUGGCAUUCCUGUUAGUUAUGGGAUUCCCUCAGGGAUUACUAUCCUCACCCACACACAUCAAGCUUUAUUUUGCCGUUUGAUGAUUAAUUUUACCACUGCAGGGUUUUAGAAGGCUAUACAGUGACAGAAGGCUACAUGUAGUAGUGUUGUAAACCAGCAAAGUGUAAUUGGUGCAAUGUGAACAAGUUUUGACUAACAAACCUCACAAUAUAUAUGCAAGGCUGAAAUACGUCAUCAUGUCCUCCCUACAAAUCAACUGUAUUAUGCAAACCACUGGGAAUCUAUUAGGAAUUGGAUUACUGUUGAGAAAAGCCAGCAUUGGCACAUAGCCAAAUGUUGGUACUGCCUCUUACAGCAAAUACACGUACAAUCAAGUAUUUAAAAAAGCUUGAGGUAAUAUGGUACAGUGAGGUGGUAUUAAUGCAAAUUGGGAACAGGAUAUAAGGUGGCGCAUGGUACAGGUCGAGCAUUAUGUAAAAAAUUCAGGCUGUGAAUGGAAAAAAAUCAAGAAUCUAAAAGUGGAAGAAAUUUACAGCUUAUGAUUAUUAAAGAUAAGUGACGCACCAGUGUUGGGAAUGAAAUAUAAAAUUUGAGAGAUAGUUAAUGUAGACACUGGUGGUUACCAUUAUCAAUAAUAGUAUACCCAUUUUAAGAAUCUGACUUGUAGUCCUUUGUGCCAAAUUUUCUUAAUGUAAAUCAAUAAUCAUUUGUUGUAUUGCAAUGUGGCACAAAAAUUGUUUAAAAAAAAAACUAAACUAUUAACUUUUUAGUUUAAGUGCAAAGUCAUCAUUAUUGUGGGCUAAAAUAUUGGGAGAUUUAUCUGGACUGUAUUUCAUUGCUGUUUACCUUUUGAAAGUUAAAGAUUCCUGGAUAUUCGUCUUGUUUCUUCAAUGACUUAACUACUAAGACCAGUAUGUUUAAAAACUAAAACAGAACUCGGUAGACUUAAAUGUUGUUGUUGGUCUUUCGGCUGCUCCCGGCGAGGGGUUGCCACAGAGUCCGCACUACAACUUGGCACAGGUUUUACGCCGGAUGCCCUUCCUGACACAACCCUCCCAUUUUAUCCGGGCUUGGGACCGGCACUGCAUUCAGUGGCUGGGCAUGGCAGGCGAAACACCUACCACUGAGCCACCAGUGCCCCUAAAUAAUAGUAUCAAAUCAUAACACACCAUCUCAUUAAAAAUUAAUUUGGAAUGAACGAAUGAAUGGGUUCAUGGUUAAAAAUUACAUCCAACAUCGGGGACUGAAGCAUUGCCGCCUUGCACAUCCAGGGUUCGGGUUAGAUUCCUGACUAGGCUUGAUUCCCGUCUCUGUGUGCAUGGAGUUUGCAUGUUCUCCCCGUGCUUGGUGAGUUUCCUCCGGGUACUCCGGUUUCCUCCCAUAGUUUAAAGAUUAGGCUAAUUAUCAUUCCCAAAAUUGCCUGUAGUGUGUAUGUGUAUGUGCCCUGCGAUGGAUUGGCACCCUGUCCAGGGUGUACCCUGCCUCGUGCCCUAAGCCUCUUGGGAUAGGCUCUAGGUCCCCACGACCCUGAAUACAGGAUAAAGCGGUUUAGAAGAUGAGUGAGUAUGUGAUAGGGGACUGAAAAUCUUCCAAAGAACUUUCUAUUGCACCACUUUGAACAUAUAAUGUAAAAACACAAUGUCAUUUGUCUUGUAAGAGCAUGCAAAUAUUUGUUCAAUGGACUUUUCAGAAAGUAUUCCAAAACAGAAUUAUUUAAUUUUUUUUCUUGUUUAUUUUUACAAAAUGUUUAUAAAUGACUUAAUUUAAUAUGUUGUGGAAAAAUGUAGCUGUGUGCGCGCUAGUGUCCUGUUGAUUGACUGCUGUUGUGAUAAUGGGUGUAUAUGUAUAAAAUAUUUCCACAGAAUGUUAACAUAAAUGAGGCUGUUAAAUUCCCAAUUUAUGUAAAAAUUUUGGCUGCCAUAAAUCUGUUGACAGUUCAGUAUCAAGAUUUUUUUUAUGUGAAUCCAGGAUCAUGUUCCUUGUCGUAUGAAACAAAGCAAUUCAGAUUUAUUUAUAUAGCGCUUUUAACAAGGGUCAUUGUCACAAAGCUUUAUAGAAUCAAAAUACUUAUGAAAAUGAGUUUGAAAAGUAAGGAAGCACAGUGGAGCCACCAAUUGUGCAAGUUCUCCUACUUAAAAGGAUGAGAGAGGCCUGGUUUGGUCACCUACAAACAAGCAAGAUUUCUGGCUCUCACAGACCUGUAACUUUUUAUUUAAGAGGCUCCUCUGUCCUCCACUCGUCACGUGUAUUGAUGGCAUCUAUUAUCAGUAUAAAAGACACCUGUCCACAACUUCAAACAGUCACACUCCAAACUCCACAAAAAUCCCAGAACCACACGGGGGGACCUAGUAAAUGACCUGCAGAGAGCUGGGACCAAAGUAACAAAGGCUACCAUCAGUAACACACUGCGCCACCAGGGACUCAAAUCCUGCAGUGCCAGACGUGUCCCCCUGCUUAAGCCAGUACAUGUCCAGGCCCGUCUGAAGUUUGCUAGAGAGCAUUUGAAUGAUCCAGAAGAGGAUUGGGAGAAUGUCAUAUGGUUAGAUGAAACCAAAAUAGAACUUCAUGUUUGGAGAAAAAAUGCUGAGUUGCAUCUAAAGAACACCAUACCUACUGUAAAGCAUGGGGGUGGAAACAUCAUGCUUUGAGGCUGUUUUUUUUUUUUUUUGCAAAGGGACCAGGACGACUGAUCCGUGUAAAGAAAAGAAUGAAUGGGGCCAUGUAUAGUGAGAUUUUGAAUGAAAACCUCCUGCCAUCAGCAAGGGCAUUGAAGAUAAAACGUGGCUGGGUCUUUCGGCCUGACGAUUAUUGAAAACACACUGCCCGGGCAACGAAGGAGUCACUUAGUAAGAAGCAUUUUAAGGUCCUGAAGUGGCCUAGCCAGUCUCCAGAUCUCUACCCCAUAGAAAGUUUUUGGAGGGAGUUUAAGUCUGUGUUGCCCAGCGACCGCCCCAAAACAUCAAAAGGAAUGGUCCAAAAUACCAGCAAAAGGGUGUGAAAUCCUUGUGAAGACUUACAGAAAACGUUUGACAUCGGUCAUUGCCAACAAAGGGUAUAUAACAAAGUAUUGAGAUAAAAUUUUGUUAUCGACCAAAUACUUA